AUGGAAGUUAUAGCGCAAGUGGUAAUGUUUCUAGAAAAAUAGGUUAUUUUUAGUCAAAAGUUUUCAGAAUCCUCUAUCUUUUGGCACAAGUUUUGUGGUGUUUAUUGAUCGUCGAGAUUCAAUACUUCCAUUUAAAGUUGAUAUGAUUAUUUUGAGUAAAACUUUUAAUUGAAUAUUUAAUCCAUCAAAGUAUCUAAAUUUUUCAGGUAUUGCUUGUGCUUUUUGUGGAAUGACAAUGUAUGUUUCAGUAAUUCAUUUCAUAUUUCGAUACUGGGCUAUCGAAAGGUUCGGUUGGAAUUGAAAAAUCACAUUCAAUUCAAAAAAAGUUUCAGAAAAGGAAGAUUGAAUCGUUUCAAAGGUUAUCGUAUGCUUUUUUGGUUAUCAAUUCCCAUUUUCAUGGGAGCACUCUGGACCUUAAUUAUCUAUUUUUGUAUGCAGUUUGAUCAGACAGGUGUAGACUAUAUCAGGUGACUGAAAAAUUAUUUUUUCGUGCCAUAAUUUCACGUGAGAGAAAACGAGAGAGUGAAAAUUAGCGUGUGCGGCAGAAGAGAGUGGGAGACGAAAAAGGGAUAUGAACAGAUUUUUUUAGUGCAAGUUUGAAGAAGUUUUAUGGAAUUGAUACGAAAGAUGUUGCGAUGAUUGGAGCUUAUUAUUAUUCUCCAAAUAAACGAAAAUUUUAUCGACACUUGGGUGGAAUUCUUAUAAUCACAAUAACCAUUACAAUAUCGGUUGUUAUAAUAGUUUAUUGUGGAAUUCGAAUAUUUCGAAAAAUUCGGAAGAUUUACAAAAAAGGCGGUUCUCGAGGAACUAAAAAGUUGCAAGCUCAACUCUACAAAGCGCUUGUGGUUCAGGUUUAUUAAAAAAUACUUAUGUUAGAAAACAAAAAUUGAUUCUCUGGAUUUCAGACAAUUCUCCCAUUACUUCUUGUCAUUAUACCAGUUGGAGUUCUAAUUUUAUCACCUUUGAUUUAUAUUGAUAUUGGAACUUAUAGUCAAAUCGCAAAUUUUGCAGUUGCAAUUUACCCGAUUUUUGAGCCUCUUCCUUCUUUGAUUAUCAUUGAUGAUUAUCGGAUUGGUUUUUGGGAAAUGAUGAAACCCAAGUUUAUUAGAGAAAAUCAAGUACAACCAGAAAUGCAAACUAUAUCAGUUAGCUAUGAGUUACAGAAACGGUUAUGACUUUUCAAUUUUUUAUUUAUCGACUUUUUGAAUUUUAUGAAAAUGAAAAUGAACCUUUAUUUGUCAACCUUGUUAAUUGUUCAAAUUUUUCUUAAUUCUCUUGAGGGAUUCUCUUGAACUUUAAAUUUCCAAACUUCUUUGUAUAGUUAGAAAUGAGCAGUUAUCACAUAAAUCCUAAUACAUAGAAUAUCAACCUAAAAAUACCAUUGUUCAAUUUCCGUUCUCAUUAACUUACUAUAAGAACAUCUAUCAACCUCACUUUCACUUUUUCCUCAAAAUGAAGUAUACGUUCAAAUAUAUCACUGCUCUUAUCUCAUUAUUUUCCAACAUCAUUCUACUCUUCCUGAUUUUCAAAAAAUCCCCAAGAAAACUAGGAUCCUACAAAUAUCUUAUGCUAUUCUCAACUUUCCAUUCGAUGUUUCUCUCAACUAUGGAAAUUCUGGCAAGAGUGGUAAUUGAAAAAAUUGACCGAUUGUUUUCAGUCAGAAGUUUUUUCAGAAUGUUCUAUCGUUCGGAACAAGUUUUGUGAUUUUCAUUGAUCGUCGCGAUUCAAUAUUUCCAUUUAAAGUUGAUAUGAUAAUUUUGUGUAAGAUUCUGCUUGAAGUUUUCGAAUUGAAAAAACUCAUUUUGCAGGCAUUGAUUGUGCUUGUUGUGGAACUACAAUGUACACAUCUGUGAUCCAUUUUAUUUUUCGAUAUUGGGCUAUUGAAAGGUUCGAUUGGAACUGAAAAUUCAAAUUUAAUUCAAAACAAGUUGUUUCAGAAAGGGGAGAUUGAGUCGCUUCAAAGAUUAUCGUAUGAUUUUCUGGAUAUCGAUUCCGAUUUUCAUGGGGGCUCUUUGGAUCUUUGCGAUAUAUUUUGGAUUUUAUGUUGAUCAAACAGCUUUGGAGUAUAUCAGGUAAAUAGAACAUCAUACCUAGGAAAAUUAUUCAGAGUGUUUUCCAGUCCAAGUUUAAUGAGUUCCUACGAAAUCGAUUCGAAAGAUGUUGCGUUAGUUGGAGUUUAUUAUUAUUCUCCAAACAAACCGAAUUUUUAUCGAAACUUGGGUGGACUUUUUGUGAUAACCUUUACCAUGACAAUAGCAGUUAUCAUCAUAAUUUAUUACGGAGUUAGAAUAUUCCGAAAAAUUCGGAAGAUCUACAAAAAAGGAGGUGCUAGAGGAACUAAGAGAUUGCAAGCUCAACUUUAUAAAGCGCUAGUUGUUCAGGUUUUUUUAAACAAAUAUUUGAGAUCAAACAAUUUUUCUGGAUUUCAGACAAUUCUUCCAUUGCUUCUAAUCAUUUUACCAGUUGGUGUUCUAGUUUAUUUUCCAUUGAUUCACAUUGAUAUCGGAAUUUAUAGUCAAAUUACAAAUGUUACAGUAGCAAUCUACCCGAUUUUUGAGCCUCUACCUUCUCUGAUUCUCAUAGACGAUUAUCGAAUUGGUUUUAUGAACAUGAUGAAACUCAAGGCCAUCAGAGGGAAUCAAAUACAACCGGAGCGGCAAACGAUUUCAAUUUCUUAUGAACUACAAAGGAGAUUUGAAGAAUCAAGAAUCUAG